UUUGAUUGAUUUACACCCACAAGAUUCUCAACGUGCAUUAAUCCUGUUUUGACUUUCAAAUCCUUCUAAGCCCAGAUGGCUUUUCUCAUCUUCGUCUUUUCUUUUUCUCUUUUUUUUCCUUUCGAGUAACAUAUCUAUGCCCUGUUCCUAACCGUAUAAAUAAACUUCACAAGCCAUGCAGAAACAAUAAAAAGAAUACCAGACAGUUACACUACAAAUACAAACAACCAUGGAUGAGGAUAAACUAAAAGUCGGUGGAGAAGUCAAGUACAGAGGCGUUCGAAGGCGGCCUUGGGGCAAAUUUGCAGCGGAGAUACGCGACUCUACACGCCAGGGCGCACGUGUUUGGUUGGGGACAUUUAACACUGCAGAGGAGGCUGCCAGAGCUUAUGAUCGAGCGGCUUAUACAAUGAGAGGUCACUUGGCCAUUCUUAACUUUCCUAAUGAAUACCCUCUUGCUAGCGGCAGCAGCGGUGGUAAUGCCGGUGCUAGUAGUAGUUCUUCUGCUCCUCAUUAUACUUCUGCUUCCUCUUCCUCUUCCUCUUCAUCGGCAAUGCAAAGGCAAGUUUUUGAGUUCGAGUACUUGGAUGAUAGGUUGCUGGAGGAAAUGCUAGAGCAAGAAGAGCAAAGGAACAAGAAGAAAUGAAUGGAACCUAAAGAGUUAAUUAAGUUUGUGCAUCCUUUUAACUAUAAAUGGUAAUUGUAACUUUUGUCUUUAUCUUAUUACAUUAAAAAUACUUAUACAUUUGUGUAUCAUGGUGUUGAGCAUUUUGCUUUGUGACAAGAAGAUCACUCAUUUCAGGGUUCUUUUUUAUUCUACAUGCAAAACCCACCUUGGGGACAUGAUAUUUUUGAGGUUGCAGGAACACAGUCAAGAUACCAACUAAAUAAACUCUGUACAUUGUUGAACUGUCAAUAAAUGAUGUUUUGUACACA